GCUUUGAACAAGGCAAAAUCCGAAAACACGCCGCUCUUCAUCUCACUGACAGACAACGGCAAGAACCGCGCAUACGGAUGCAAACCUGCCAGUCGUCUUGUCUUUGGGCCAAACGAGAGCGACUUCCCUGGUCUUGGCAAAAAGCUAUCGCCCUUUGAAGCCAAUAAGUUCCCUUCACUGGAGGACUUACAAAGACUUCUGAUCGACGACCUACAUACAGCGCGUAAGCAGAAUGUCAGCAACAGCGACCACGUUUUGCAACUCGCUGAGGGCGCUGCGCAAACGGACGACGACGAUGAAGAGCUAAAGCUACUCAACGGCCUAACGGACGCUGAUCGCGAGGCCAGCUCCGCAGUCCUAAGCUUUCCCAGCCCAUCGUUAGAUAACAUUUGCGGUGAUGCAAAAGUAGAAUACGACAACGUCCUGCGAGAGUCCAUGACCAUGGCCGCAGUUCUGCCGCGCAGCACACUCCUCUCGCUUCAGCACAGCAACGAGGGCACGACCUUCACGACCCUGCUAUCAGGCGCUAUAGCUUGGAUCAUCUGGCCGCCAACAGAACACAACAUCAACAUUCUCCAGAGCUCUUACGAAGCUUUCGCAGAAGGCUUCGACAGCACAAAGAUGUGCGUAGCUGGUGAGCUCAAAGGCGGCGUAUGUCUCGUCCAGACCGUUGGCGAAGCUAUUCGCAUUCCACCAUUCUGUCCAAUGAUGUGCUUGUCACUGGAAGCAUCAGUUCUGGCCACGUACACUGUCGUGACAGCAAGCCAGCUUGCUGACAUGCUGCGUAAGCUCCCAUUGCUGCUAGCAUGGUUCAAGACUGAGACCGAUGGUGAGCGCAAGAAGACGCAUUUCAUCGCUGCACUGCUGCCGCACCUCUCAUCUAUCCUGCAAGGCAGCUUCGAGUCGACUGAUCUAAAGAAGCACAAGUACCCAUACCUUCAAGAAGGCCCGCUGCACUCUUUGUUGGUCGGCUGGGAUAAGAUCAAGCACGCAGUGGUUAGCAUCUUAGAGCCUGCGGAGGCGGAGCGCGUGACAGUAAUGUGGGAGGAGUUCUUGCGCAAAGCUCGAGGGCGAGAUUGCUGGAUUUGUGGAAAGAGCAUCAGCAACAAGCUAAGAGAUAUGCGCAAGCAUUUCGAAGCCAAGCACUGG